AUGCCAGACUUUUGUGCAGCAUACGGAUGCUCUAAUCGCCGUUGUGCUGAAACCAGAGCCCGUGGGAUCACCUUUCACCUAUUUCCCAAAACCGGAGAGAGGCGGAGGAAGUGGGAACUUGCUUUAAGAAGGGAGGGUUUUGCUGCUACUGACAGGACACUGCUCUGCAGUGAGCACUUCAGAAGUGAGGACUUUGACAGGACGGGACAGAUUGUCCGGCUUAAAGAUGGCGUUGUGCCAUCCACAUUCAGCUUUCCAGCUCAUCUUCAAAUGUCAGUAGCAACAAGAACCACAACCACUUCUAAAAGAACAGAAGACAACCUGCCAACAAGCUUGUCUCAGGAUGCACCUCAACCUGAUGUUCGGCAGUCCACUGACCACUUAUACACACUGCCUGCUUGCCCCGAUGCUAUAAAGGCCAAACUCCAAGAAGCCUCAGCAAGAGUGAGGAAACUGCAGCGGGACAAGAGUAAUGCCUUGAGGAGAGAAAAGAGGGCCAAGAACAACAUGCAGGCUCUUCUGGAGGAACUGAAGGAGAAAAAUCUCAUCAACGAAGAGCUGAAAGACAAGCUUGAAUGCUACUCAGAUCUUCCAGUUCAUCUCCUGUCGAGGCAGGGCGUAGAGUACACCAAGGCCCAGAGAGAUUUUGCUCUUACACUCCAUCUACAUGGUCCAAAGGCAUAUCACUACCUGAGAGAUACUCUGCAUAUUCACCUGCCACAUCCCAGUUCAUUGCAAAGGUCCCUCUCUGUCCUGGGCUUCAUAAUCAACAUUGACACGUUGAUGUCGAUGGUUCCUGUGCUGCUUGAAGGACAACGAUAUGUCCUAACCUACAGAUUCAGCCAGGACCACUUGGAGCUUCUCUUUAACUCCAUCAGAGCAUCCGGUGGCUGGAAUAACAACCCUAAUGCCAGCCAGUUCAAGUACAUCUUCAGAAAGCUGAUGGCCCGGUGUGGAGUUGUUAAACCACGCAGAGGCAAUGUGACAGCACAGGAUGACACAGAGUCCCUACCAGCUGUCAUCGACACCUCUACAAGCCUGUCAGCUGUAGAUAUGUCCUCUGCAGGAGGAGAAGAUCUUCCAUCCCCGUUUGCUGACAUUCCUGCCCUAGUGCAUGACCACAGCUACCUUCCCGUCCGCUUUGACGGUCUUGUGGACAACGCUCUUGUGUACAUUUCAGGAUUUGUUGUGCGACGGGCACUGAAGCAGCUGUCCUGUGAUGUCUGCCGUGCCAGCCUGGUGACAGACGCUGCGUCUGCCGUUAAGGACCAGAGCUACCACCUGCUGUGUCUAAAAAACAAUGGAGGUCUGGUGAUUCCAUCAGAAGGCACAGUGAGGGUUGUCAGGGCAGCAGAGUGGGUCAUUCGCCAGGCAUCGAGUUUCAGACAAUCACAUCCCAUCAAACUGCUAGAGGUCGUGUACAUUGUACGGAAGAGGAUCGGGUCAGAGGAUGUGUUUGUACUCGGGGAGCACAUCGGCGACACGCAGCAUGGCAUAGACAGCCACCACCAUAUGCUGUUAACAUUGGUCGUGUCCCUGUUCUUUACGCUAAGGCUGCAUCACAUCGCAAAAAUGACAACACUUAGCUUACAGAGCAACAACAUGCGACAGAGGCAUAAUAAAACAGUCCUUUUCAAAGGGCAUUAGCCCAAUGUUAUGACCUGGUGGGUC